UCGCGUAGUGCGUUUAAAUGUGUCUGUGUAUGUGCCGUGGUAUCGUGUGUAUUAACAAGAGAUCUCGCUUCGUUUCCUAUCCAUGAACGCUUUCCACACCUUUCACGCGUAGGGAAAGCGGAAGAAUCAAUCGGCAGCGCAAACAGUAAACAGAACGUGCGACUGGCUUCACCGACACUGGCGAAUUUCCAAUGAUAACGGCUGCAAACGACGUCUCUAGUCUCGCGUGAGAAGCGAAAUGGCCAAGCUGGUGGACGUGUAUCGGUCCUCAACACAUCUCAGCCGACGGCAGUUGCCCCUCGAGGUGGAUGAGUCGCUAACGAUGGUCAUGGAUUUGAAGUCGUUUGGUUUAAUUGCUGAUACUCAACAAGUAAAAGGUAAAGAGUUGGAUGAAAUCAGCCGGAAAAUUGUCUUGCUCACGCCCGCCGAGUUAAAAAUGGCACUGCAAGUGUCGCGUUUAGAAAUUCUUCAUGUUCUAAACCAGUCAGUUCCUUGCGUUGGAUGCCGCCGAAGUGUCGAACGAUUAUAUUACAAACUCUUCAAAAACGACUACCCAACAUUUGACCCACUCAUCAUCCAUUCAGAAGGCAUCGUCACAAUCCGCGAAGACAAACAGAACUCACCCCAAUUCCUUAGCAGUAUAUUCCAUGGUCACAGCGCUCGCUUGAAUAACCUAGUUGACAGUCAGCCGAGAAGGAACAAAAAAAGCCACCGCUGCCUGCUGCAUUCGCUCGACUCGCAGCGCAGCCGGCCGAUUACGCCCGCCUGGCGCGACGUGUGGGAUUGCAUGCGUGCGGAGUGCAAGCGCGAUGUGUGCACCAUUAAAGAUGCCAGUCUGCGUGCCACGCUAGAGACAUACUUGCGGAAACAUCGGUUUUGUGGGGAUUGUCGGACGAAAGUACAAAAGGCAUACAGCUUGCUCAUUGAGGAACCGGAACCCAGCAAGGAGAAAUCUUAUGUUGGUGCGCUUUAUGCAGGAAUCAAGCCGUGUAUCGAGCAGAAGCACAUUCAUCUUCAAACCAAGACUGAGUAUAUUGCUAAAUUAAUUGGACGGGCUGAACCUGAACUACUUGGAAGCCGUCGAGAAAGACAUGCGAAAACCUUAGAAAUCGCUCAAGAAGAAGUCCUUACAUGCAUCGGCAUUUGCAUGUACGAACGUCUUCAUCGCAUUUACAUGCGGAUGAAAGAAGAGGAGUGCACGUGCCAAGUAUUCGCCGCCGUCGCUGUGGAUGCGCUCUGUCGCAGUUUCGAGACUGCCGUUGAGCGCAAACAAGGCAUCUCGCAAUUGGAGUUGUUGUAUGCUGAGCACCGCGAAGAGCAACAGAAACAAAUUCGUAAAGCAAAAAAGCUUAAACGAAAACGAAAGAAAGGUAAGGCAGGGGAUGCGGCCGGUAAGGAGAACUGCAACGAGGAGGAAUGCCCUGUGGAGUUUGAUGAAAAGGAUGAGAGUGAUAAAGAGUGUCGCUGUGGUGAUGGCAAUGGUAAGGAGAAAUGCGAGCCGCUUAAUUGUCGUAAUUCCGCGCAGAAUGGAAAUGGUAAUAAAUCUGUUCAGUUGUCGCCAAAGAAGUUGCAUAAUCAUAGUCAUCAUAAUGGCGGAGGUGGGGGAGGGACAUUGGCAGACGCUGGUGGGUGUGGUGUGGGAUGGCACGGAAAGAUGGGAGUGGCCAAACAGAAAUGUGAUAGUAACUUUAUUCCACGUGAGAGGGUGGCUCGUGACCACUCGCACGAUUGUGGCUAUUCGUCAGAGAAUAACAACGGCUGUUGCGAGUCAGAGUCAUUGUCGAGUGUGCCCAGCUCGCCGGAUGGCUCGGAGUUGGCGUGUUCGGAUGGUUGCUGCCCGGUUGAGCAUAUCGUCGAUGACAACUACUUUAAUCCUAGCAGGCUUACUGCCUACGGCGCAGGUCAUCAGCUUAGUUUACAGGAGAUGCUUGAGGAGGAAUUUUACUGUGAUGGAACAGAUUACAUAACGCCCGAAGAGGUGCGCGAGUUCAAAUCGAAUACGCAUGUUGAAGAAGUCCGGCAGCAAUUACGUGAGACGCUGAAGAAGCGUUUUGCACAGCUGUGCGCCACUGGGCCACUGCAAAUGCCACGGUUUUUUGUGACUAGCAAGUACACGACGAAUUGAUACAAACACCACGCGCCUAGCUUAGUUUAGCAUCAAAAUUUACUCUAUCGCAAUUAGUUUGAAUUUAAUUAAUUAUUGCCAGUUUUGUGCUGUCAUAGGGGGCGCUGUCAACACUCGUGUUUUAGCCCCGUCAACGGCAAACUGUUUUAUUGCAUUCCACAGGCAAAUGCACAUUAUCAUGGUGUUUGUCUUUUUUAAUCAAAUUUGGUUGCUAGUUGACAACAUGAGAGAUUAAUUGAUGCUGAUUGGAGGCGUGGAUUAUACUGUUUACAUUGCAUGUUAACAAUGCAGAUUUGCAGGCGUUUGGUUAGCGUUCUGUAAUUAACGUUGGUUCUAAAUAAAUGAGACAAUUGAAUUUGUCAAACUUCA